AUGGCUGAUCAGGCUGUGGAUACUUACACUCCUUUGGACGUGCCUGUCCCGCCUGUUCCUGCAGCCGACUUCUACACCGAACAGCAAUGGAAAACUCUUUUGGUGCUAGCCGAUACCGUAAUCCCUUCGAUUCGCACUCCAGAACCCGAUCAGUCUUCGUUGGUGAAGGUCGUCCCAUCUGCUGAAUGGGAUGCUGCUGUUGCAGUAUUGGCUUCGCGAAUCAAAGGCCCCGACGCAGCUCGUCUUGCAAAACAAUACUUGGAGGAAGCGCCGUCAUCAAACCCUCAUUUUAAGCCCGCUCUUCAGCGGCUGUUCGGUCAAUUCGUGCACGAAGAAGGAAGAAAUGGUCUUGGUCUCAUUUUGAAUGCUCUCAACUCGAGAGCAGGCUCUUUAAUCCUGACAGGCUCAACGACUCUGCUCCAGGACCAGCCAUUCGAGGUUCGGGAGAAAGUUAUUCGCGGGUGGGAAACUUCCCGUUUGGGUCCUCUUCGUGCCAUUUACAGGGCUGUUACUUCCAUCUCAAAGAAGACAUGGGUUACUUUGAGUCCAACUAUCUGCGAAAUAAUCGGCUUCCCCCGGGUCCCGGUCCAUGGCAAGCCAGCAGAUGGCUUCGAGUACGAGUUUUUGCAGAUUCCCCCGGGUGACGAACCUGAAACGAUCGAAACAGAUGUCGUCGUUGUGGGCAGUGGGUGCGGUGGCGGUGUUGCUGCCAAAAACCUCGCCGAAGCAGGCCAUCGGGUGCUUGUCGUGGAAAAGUCGUAUCACUACCCAUCUAGGACUUUCCCCAUGAAAUUCAAUGAGGGGUUUGUUAACUUAUUCGAGUCUGGUGGUGCAGCUAUGAGUGACGAUGGUUCAAUGGCAGUUCUUGCAGGCUCAACCUGGGGAGGUGGUGGUACUGUAAACUGGUCUGCUGCCCUCCAAACUCAGGGCUACGUCCGACAGGAAUGGUCAGAUGCAGGCUUGCCGUUCUUCACGUCUUUUGAGUUUCAGAAAUCCUUGGAUCGUGUCUGCGAUCGAAUGGGUGUCAACACUGAGCACAUCGAGCACAACCCUUCAAACCAGAUGAUCCUGGACGGAGCUCGAAAAUUGGGCUAUGCAGCCAAGCCGGUUCCACAGAACACCGGGAAUGGCGAGCACUACUGCGGGCAUUGCACGUUGGGCUGCCACUCUGCUGGCAAGAAGGGGCCUGGUGAGUCUUUUUUGGCUGACGCUGCCAACGCGGGCGCGACAUUCAUGGAAGGAUUCAACGCCAAGAGAGUCCUUUUCACGAAGACAAAGGGUGGGCUUGUUGCUUCUGGCGUGGAAGGAACAUGGACUUCCCGAGACUCGCAUCUGGGUACAAAUAGUCAAGACGCGGUGAAGCGGACAGUCAUCAUCAAGGCCAAGAAGGUUGUCGUUUCAUGCGGAACUCUGAACAGCCCCUUGCUACUACUACGCAGUGGAAUCAAAAAUUCUCAGGUUGGCCGCAACCUGCAUCUUCACCCAGUCGUUGUCGCUGGUGCCUUCCUCGAGCAGGAAAUCAAGCCAUGGGAAGGUGGUGCUUUGACGACAGUUGUCAAUGAAUUUGAAGAUAUGGAUGGACGUGGACACGGAACCAAGAUUGAAGCUCUUUCGAUGAUUCCAGCCGCAAUUAUUCCGUUGUUAACCUGGACUGAUGGAUUCGACUACAAGAUGUUGGCCUCUCGGAUGGCCCAUCUAGCUGGCUUCAUCACACUCACCAAAGACCGGGAUACCGGACGUGUGUACCCCGAUCCCGUCGAUGGAAGAUGCAGAAUCGACUACACAGUCUCAGCAUUUGACCGAAAGCAUAUACUGGAAGGUUUGAUUGCAUCUGCGAAGAUUGCGUAUAUUUCUGGUGCUAAGGAGUUCCACUCGUCCUGGCGGGAGAUGCCUCCUUUUAUUCGUCCCGCUGAAGACUCGGACCCGGAUUCCCCAGAAGGUACGAACAACGCAGCACUUCAGGCAUGGAUCUCGGAACUACGACGUCUGCCACUCCUUGACCCAGAGAGAACACUUUUUGCCAGCGCCCACCAGAUGGGUACUUGCCGCAUGGGCAAAUCCCCAAGGUCUAGUGUGGUUGAUCAAGACUGUCAGGUCUGGGGCACUCACGGCCUUUAUGUUGUUGAUGCAUCUGUGUUCCCUAGUGCCAGCGGCGUGAAUCCGAUGGUAACCAACAUGGCCAUUGCAGAUUUCGCCAGCAGGAACAUUGCCAAAUCGAUGGAGAAGCCAGCGACCGAUGGCAAUCUGAUGGCACGCCUUUGA